UUCUUGGGUAGCGCCGACAUGUCGAGCUGCACAACCGCUGCAACUUGGAGGGCGCGCCAGAGCGCGCAAAAUCGACUCCGGACGCCCUCGGACGUCGCCGCCGCACUCCGAAUGGGAGGCGGCCACGUCACGUGUUCGAUGGCCGCCGUGUCGUCUUUGCUCCCCGCAUUCAGUUGCAUUCGCCUCCUGCCCCGUGGCGUCGAUUGGCCUGCAGCCCCCCUGAAAUGAGAUUCUUAUUCUUAUUCUAUAUACAGUGGGGCAAACAAGUCUUUAGUCAGCCACCAAUUGUGCAAGUUCUGCCACUUAGAAACAUGAGAGAGGCCUGUCAUUUCCAUCAUAGGGAAGCCUCACCAACGAGAGACAAAAUUGGGGGGGGGGGUGAAAUCCAGAAAAUCACAUUGUCUGAUUUCCAAAGAAUUUCAUUGCAAAUGAUGGUGGUCGCCUGCAAACGAGCAAGAUUUCUGGCUCUCACAGACCCGUAACCUCUUCUUUAGGAGGCUCCUCUGUCCUCCGCUCGUUACCUGUAUUAAUGGCACCUGUUUGAACUCGUUAUCAGUAUAAAAGAGUGUGACUGUUUGAGGUUGUCCAGUCACACUCCAAGCUCCACGAUGGCCAAGGCCAAAGAGCUGUCAAAGGACACCAGACACAAAAAUGUAGACCUGCGCCAGGCUGAGAGGACUGAAUCUGCAAGAGGUACGCAGCUUGGUGUGAAGAAAUGGAAGACACAAGACCACUGAUAAUCUCCCUCGAUCUGGGGCUCCACGCAAGAUCUCGCCUCAUGGGAUCAAAAUGAUCACAAGAACGCUCUGCAUGGAGACACUCACAGCUACGUGCAGUCCUUCCCUUGACACCAUGAAAAUGCAACUGUAUUUUGACAUGAAUUACACUUCUAGAGGAGAGUUCCUCAAGGAAAUCAACUGGAUGCUGGAGUGCAGACUAAACCAAGUGAGCAGAGAGAUUACUGACUGCAAGGUGAAAACGAAAGACCAGUUCGAUGCCCUUUACCGUAAAAUCAUCAAUUUCAUCCUGCUGGGCUCUGGCAUGGGCUCACCUUCAGAUGUCAGCUCUGUACAAGAGGCUACAGCCGCCUUGCAGAGCAUCUUCCCAUCAACCGACCUGGGAGCCUUCAUGGUGCUCGUAAAGAGAGAGAAGGAGCAGCAGCUCUCUGAGCUCACUAUGACUGUCACGGGGAUUCGACUCUUCAACAAAGCCAGCAAGAAAGAACAGGAGAUCAACUUUUCUGAACUAAUGCCUGUGGUUCUGUCCGAAGCGCUUUCAGUCACCAAUGAAGCCAUAGAGAAUGAGCUGAAUGUCGCCCAGAGUUUGGCGUGGAAAUACACGGCGCUGUUAGAAAAGUGGCAUGGCAGCCCGCCUGAGGAAUACCAUGUGUCCCUGGCUCAGCUCACACAAGCACUCUACAACGUCAGGCAGCAUGAACAUUUUCUCCAAGUAUUGCUGGCUGAUUCCCGUUUAUGUGCGAAAAGAAUUGAAAUCCUCCAGAGGGACAUCUCCUCACAGAUAUACCUGCUAAAAACGUCCGUGCAGCCGAAGACAGCCGUGCCCACCUCAAAGGUUUUUCCGUUGUUCAAGGCCCUGUCAAAACUGUGGUCAGAACUUCAGGAUGAGGCAGAGCUGCUGAAUAUCUUCAACAACAUUGCAUUCCGAUUGCAGUUCUGUCUUACCUCGCAGGCCAAGAUUUUUCCCAAAGUUCCUUUGGACAGCCUUUUGGAAGGAGUCGAAGUCAAAACGGACAAAGAACGAAUGAAUGAGCGCUCGGGGGAACGCGUUGAUGCAGCACAGAGGAAGCAGCACGAGUGGCUCCAGCCCGGAACUGCUGACAGUCUUUCGGAGCUGCCGUUGCAGUAUAAUGGAUUCUGUGGAUACACCCUCGUUAACAAAGAUGGACUUAUUCUUCCAGGAAAUCCUUAUAUUGGCGUGCUCAAGCACAAGGGGAAAAUGUAUGUCUUCCACUCCGAAGAAGCUGGUUUGAAAUUUGCCUGCAGCCCUGAUUACUUCAUUGCGCUGGUGGCCGAAAAAGCCAAGAGUUCACCUGAACUGAUUCAACUUCUCAAACUCCAUCAAACGCCAUUUCAUGAGCAAGAAGGAAAGACGCUACUUGUGAGUAAGUCUGAGAGCUGCACUCAGACGGAGGUUCACCCAGUGGCGACAGACAUUCUCAAGUCAUAUGAAUGGAAUGAGUGGGAAUUGCGAAGGUCAGCUAUAAAACUGGCUGAUCUUCAAACAACAGCGACAAAGUCGACGCAAACCUAUCUGAGCCACAUGAGACGGGAAAAUGCCACUCAAACGUGGCUGCCCAAGGAGGUCGCCUGUCAAAGUAAGAGGGAUGGUGAGACGGGUGUGCCCAAACCUCAGGUGUUCCUGGCCGGCUUGAGAGGAUGCGGAGGCGGACGUGUAGAGAAAGUCAACCUUACCAGAUCUAUUCAUGAAUAAUUUCUGGAUGACUGAAUAAUCAUUUAAAAAAAUGCUUUGCGCAUGUUUUGUCUGGCUGGCUUCGUUGUCUCUUGAGGAUCAUUCGUGACGUUUUUUGUGUGCGUGUCAAAUGUGUUUUAUUGAAAGGAUCGAGCAGCGUAGAAUAGCAAAUCGCAAUUCACAUUUUCAUUUCGAACAAGAAUAAACA